AUGAAAGCGAGGAGCCGUGAUCGAAGGAAGUAUUGCCGAUUUCACCGAGACCACGGCCACGACAUCGAACAAUGCAUCCAGCUCAAGGAUAAAAUAAAAGCCCUGAUACGAUGUAGCUACCUCGAAAAAUAUAAGAGGGAGCCGCUGACUCAACCUCCUCCCAAUCGACGACCCCAAAUGACUGAGGAAGCUAUGAAUAACCAACUGACCAUAGGAGUCAUCAACAUGAUCACCAUAAAGUUAGAUCGGAGAGAAACUUUUGAUGAGGAGUCAAUGAAGCAACCAAGACUCCAUGAUGUAAUAACCUUCUCGGAGAAAGAUGCUCGGGGAAUUCAAACUCCCCAUGAUGACGCUGUUAUUGUUUCAGCAAUAAUAGCGAAUUAUGAUGUAAAAAAGAUACUUAUUGAUCAUGAAAGCUCAACUGACAUUCUGUUUUACUCAACCUUCUCCCGAAUGAAAUUGCUGAUUGAUCAACUCAGAAAAAUCUCGACACCGUUAGUCGGCUUCACUGGAGAUGCAAUCACAGUGGAAGGAGAAAUCACCCUCCCCCUAACCACUGAGAUUGAACCACAACAAAGCACCAUCUUCAUAAUCUUUACGGUCGUCUGA